AUGCCGUUUUCCGUCAACGGCAUCCUUUGCACGCUGGCGCUGCUGGUCCUGUGGAGGGCGGAGGAGCUCGCGGAGGCGUGCAGCUGCGCUCCGGUACAUCCGCAACAGGCGUUCUGCAACGCCGACGUAGUGAUUCGAGCAAAGGUGGUGGGAGAGAGAGAGGUGGACUCAGGGAAUGAUAUCUACGGGAACCCCAUCAAGAGGAUCCAGUAUGAGGUCAAACAGAUCAAGAUGUUCAAGGGGCCUAACCAGGACAUCGAGGCUGUCCUCACCGCUCCUGUGUCUGCCGUCUGCGGUGUUACCCUGGAUGCCAACGGCAAGAAGGAGUACUUGAUCUCAGGCAAGGCCGAGGCCGGUGGGAGCAUGCAUGUGACCCUGUGUGAUUACAUAAUGCCCUGGGACUCCUUGAGCACCACCCAGAAGAAGAGCCUCAGCCAGCGCUACCAGAUGGGCUGUGACUGCAAGAUUGUGCGCUGUCCUUCUCUGCCCUGUGAGAUCUCGGCUCCCGAGGAAUGUCUGUGGACGGACCUGAUGAUCGAGAAGCAGGUGCACGGGCGCCAGGCCAACCACUACGCCUGCGUGAAGAGGGCAGACGGCUCCUGCUCCUGGUACCGCGGCGUCGCACCUCCCAAGAAGGAGUUCCUGGACGCCGAGGACCCUUAGUCGCUUGGCGUGCCUGACUGCCCACUGCACAGCCUGACGAAAAUAAAUUUACUGCUUCUCUCAUCUUCUCCGCUGGGAACUGUUCGGCCACCGGUGACAUCGGACGCCCAUGGCACGUCCUCGCUGUGUCUUUAAAAAGAACAUGAUUCAUCUUGCAUGACUGAUAUUUUCUGGUUUCGUUUGGUGAAAAUCUUUUCCUGUAGUGAUUUUUAACAGCAGCCUGUGACCGUCGCAGGCCUCACUGGACCAGUCUAUGCUGUGUGAAGAUGAGCGCUCUAAAUUUGAACCUGCUUGUGAGGUAUAAAACCAACACCUCUUCACUGCCCCACAGUCCAAUCAGAAAUAUCCCAAAUGUCUCACUCUUCCUCCUCCUGUCUUCUUCAGAUCUUCACCUCUCUCCCUUCUUAUCCCCACUAUGUAGCUGUACAGUACCUAUGCAUAUACUUUUGUUGUUAAUUGAUAAUUAUUAUUUACUGCAUUAGAACUAGAUUUGCACUUUUUGAGGAUGAGUUCCAGUAAAGACAAGAGCCUGAACACUCUGAUGUGACAGUUAUUAUCUUUCGCCCAGACCGACAGAUCCACCUCAGGUGCAGAUUUCGCCUAUUUUGAGUGCUUCUGGUGAUCCAUAUUCACAAAUGCAAGCUUAUUCUUGCUACCUUUGUCAUAACAGAUAAAAUAGUACUUGCAGUGAAAGAAAAACGUAAAAGUGGUGUGUGAGAGGUUCGGAUAUAAGGGAUCUUUUUGCAGAACUUAUGUGUGAAAGAGAAACAAAAAGAGCUUGUGGGAUGUUAUUUCAGUGUCUUUUGUAUUACCUGUUGAUUGUAAAUGCAAACAGCAGUUUCAAUUUGCUAAUUUGCCAAUAUAUUCCCGCAGACAUUUCAUCUCAUGAGUAAUAAGGUCUUUACACGCUUAAUGUUAGCUUUGACUCGUCUUUCCUGCUCCUACCAGUUAUUAAUGAAAGCUUUAUCGCUGUCCUAGAAAGCAAGUUACUCAAUCGAAGUUUACAGUGCUGUUUUAUACACCUCAAGCUACAUUAACAAAAAAAUAUAUAUAUGAUGGAGUAUUAGAGGCAUAAUUUAAAAGUAAACUCUUUCCAUUUUCCAUUACUUUGUAUUUUUCCAGUGUUAUUAUUAUACCUGUCAUGAUUUUUGUGUGUUUUCGCUGUCUAUGUCUACGAUGUCUUUAGCUGUAGUGUUGAGUUGAGAAGGUCCUCUUGCGCUGGAAUCACGUGAGAGUGGGAGAGAUUAAUCCUUUGUGGAGAGAAAUGAGAAAUGGGUACCUUGUGUGAAUACAGGACUGUGCAUGUGUUUGAUGCUUUGUGUAAGUCCGGGCGAAGGACAAAAAUAUUCAGUAUUAUCAAAUAAAAACCACACGUUUGAAAGAAUAAA